AUGGAGGGCUUCGACACCAUCACCAUGAAUUACUUGGCGCCCUCGAUGCAACUGUCGGGCGUAACCGCCCCCGAUGCGCUCCAUGGCCCGCUGCUCCCGCUGGACACGCUCGACGGCCAUUCCAACUUCGACCAGGAAACCUUCGCCGGCAGCGAAGAUGCCGCCUUCCAGCACCACCCCAUGCACCCGGCCCAGCAGCCCGCGCUCAAGCGCUACAACAGCGCCUACGAAGACCCUUUCUCCGACGCUCUGAGCGCCUACGACCAGCAGACCCAGGCUGACACCGCUCUGCCCGACGGCGACACGGUCGAGCGCGACAACAAGCUGCUGAGCUUCUCCCCGCCCGCCUUCCCGUACACCAUCCUCGACUUUGCCUACCGUCGCACCUCCAUCUCGCUGUCCGCACAGCUGCGCGGCAUGUUCUUCCUCGCCGAAUCGCCCUGGGCCUCGGCUGCGGACAAUACCGCGCCGCCCACCGAGCUGACCUGCUACCGUCGGAACCUCUUCCAGAUCACCGGCACCAUCACCCUGCCUCGCACCCUGCAGUAUAUCAUGACCGACCAAGGCGACCAGAUCCCAGUGAUAGCCCAGGAAUUGACCAUCUCCGCCACCGAGUCAGUGGAGGGGAACCCGGUGAAGAUCAUAUCAGUCCCGUGGAAGACCCCGGCCAGCAGUGCGCAGGUUGUCGAGGACAAGACGGAGAAAGAACCGCCAUCAAUCCCGCUCGACCUGUCAAACGGACAAGAGCUGGACUCGGAGUUUGUGAGCUUCCCCAUUGCCUGGAAGCGAUUGCAGUUCAGGAUCGCUACGGCGAAUAACGGACGGCGGAAGGAACUCCAGCAGCACUUCGUAGUCAGAUUAAAGGUCAUGGUCACUCUCUCCAACGGGAUGAGAGUCUCCAUCUGCGAAGUCCAGUCGGGUGCCAUCAUUGUCCGCGGACGGAGUCCUCGAAACUUUCAGUCGCGGAAAGACUUUCCAAUUGGUAACAGCACCGCUGCUCGCAAAUCGCACACAACACCUGCCCCGCCAGCUCGGACGCCAACCGGAACAGAAUCCGGCCAGAACCAGCAUGGCCACAAGCGUGAGCACUCGACAGCCACAACCGUCGAAAUCCCGCAAAUGCCGUUCCAAUUUGAUCCCAACGACACGCUUGUCUCACCUGACUUCUUCGAGUGGAAGAUUCCCACUAGCCAGGCGGGAGCUAUGACCGCCAUUCCUCCAGCGCCGGCUUCUUACAACGUACCCCCUGUCCCGGCCUAUCCUCAAUCAAGCCCCGACUUGGCGCGCCACAACUCGCAGCCACGACCGGCGUUGUCGCAGCCCAUCAGCCUGUCUUUGACCGACGACGAAUCCAAGAGACCGGAGUCACCAUCUGAGACUAGCAAAAAGCUCCCGAAGCUAACACAGCCUCCUCCCCGUGCGCCAUCCUUCUCGAUCAACUUGAUCAGUAGUCCGGACGAGAGCGCCGAUCUACUAUACGAAUACUUCCCGCUUGGUCUGGACGAUUGGAUGCCACCCGUGGACGCCGUUUACAGACCACACGUCGUCCACCAUACAAACCUGCCACAAGACCCCAAGGCUGUGGCCGUAAGGAACCGGUCGAAACGCUACUUCUCUGAAUCUUCUCCAUAA